AAAAAAAAAAAGAAUGGCGUCUCUAUCAAUAUUCUUGUUCAUACUACUCUUCUCACUAACACUACACCAUCAGAGCUCGGCUGCGGCGGCGGCGGCUCCAGCGCUCUCGUCAACAGUGCAGGAGUACCUUGGGGCCCACAACGAGGCAAGAGCGGCGGUGGGGGUGGGCCCACUGAGGUGGAGCGAGGCGCUGGCCAACAUUUCUAGCCGGCUGGCCCGGUACCAGCGGAACAAGAUGAGCUGCCACUUCGCCAACCUCACCAACUUCAGGUACGGCGCCAACCAGCUGUGGGCGGGCGGCGCGGCCGAGACACCGCGCAUGGCGGUGGAGAAGUGGGUGGAGGAGAAGCAGUACUACAACCACGCCGACAACACGUGCGCGCCCAACCACCAGUGUGGCGUCUACACCCAGGUUGUCUGGAGGAACUCGUCUGAGGUGGGCUGUGCUCAGGCGACGUGUGUUAAGGAGAAAACUAGUCUCACUAUUUGUCUUUACAAUCCACCGGGCAACUAUAUUGGAGAGAGUCCUUACUAAGAUUCUACAAAAGAAGGAAAAAAAAAAAGAAGAUUCUACAAAAGAAGGAAAAAAAAAUGUUGAAUAUAUAUGAAGCUUGGUGACUGAUCAUGACAUUGCUAUGGUAGAUAUGUCAUGAGUUGAAAAGAGCUUGGAAAGGCCUAGGCUAGUAGCUAACUGGGGUUUGAAUAAGAAUAUUAUGGUUUUCGUGGGGUUGAAGGUAAUUUCAUGUUAUAUGUGUAUGUUACUAGUUUUAAUAUCGAACUUGGAAGUAAGGAGGUUCUCUGUUGUGCAAUAUGCCUAAAGUGGCCUAUGCUAAAUAAUUAUAU